GUUCCCUCCUACCCUUCUUUCCCUUUCUCUCUCUAAAUAAACCUUCCUUCUUCUUAUUUUUACUUUCUCUUUCAAUCCAUUCCAUUGGUAUUAUCAGUAAAGCCUGAAUUCCUCUCCAUUCCCACUCAUCUUCCACUACAUGUUGGAUCACACUAGUGUUCCAGUGUUUCCCUCUGAAAAUGGGGUCAGUCAGAAAAGAAAAAGAAGGCCAGCAGGCACCCCAGAUCCGGAUGCAGAAGUCGUUUCGUUAUCACCAAGAACGCUGCUGGAAUCAGACAGGUACGUUUGUGAGAUCUGCAACCAAGGGUUUCAGAGAGACCAGAACCUUCAAAUGCAUAGGAGAAGGCACAAGGUGCCUUGGAAGCUGCUGAAGAGAGAAACGCAAGAGGUGAAGAAGAGGGUUUAUGUUUGUCCCGAGCCGAGUUGCUUUCAUCAUGACCCUUGCCACGCCCUGGGAGAUCUGGUCGGCAUAAAGAAACAUUUCAGGAGGAAGCACUGCAAUCAGAAGAAGUGGGUUUGCGAGAAAUGCUCCAAAGGUUACGCGGUUCAGUCGGAUUACAAGGCUCAUCUCAAGAUUUGUGGCACCCGAGGCCAUUCUUGUGACUGUGGUCGUGUUUUUUCCAGGGUGGAGAGAUUCAUCGAACACCAAGAUGCUUGCACCGGUCGAGGACUUGGAGUUCAACGGCCUGAAUCGCAAGCACUGCACCCUGGCUGUUCCUCUCGAACGAAUUCAAGCACUAGUCCAUCAAGCGAUGCCAACUUUGGCAUGACCGCUACUUUCUUGAACACCAGUGCGUCUACUUAUGAACACCGACACCAACUGCAACACAACCUUGAACUUCAGCUUCUACCAUCAUCAACCACUCAGUCACCGUUGAGUUCAGAUGAUAAUUGCGAGACUUUUUUGAAGCUUUCGAUAGGGUCGAGGAGUGAAGUCAACAAGCUUGGUCUGGAUACAUUUAGGGAAAAGAAUGCCAGUGAAACAGCAUCGGAAGCUACUAAGUUGAAGGAGUUCGCAACUGAGCAGCUAACGUUGGCCAUGACCGAGAACACCUAUGCCGAAAAGGCUAGACUAGAAGCAAAGAAUCUGAUUGAGAUGGCCGAGCUUGAGUUUGCUAGUGCUAAAAAGAUAAGGCAACAAGCCCAAGGUGAACUAGAAAAGGCUCAAGUCUUGAAAGAUCAAGCAACGAAAAAGAUAAGCGCUACUGUCAUACAAAUCACUUGUCAAGAUUGCAAGCACCAAUUCCAAAUACCAACAGCUGCGGUUCCAGCUGAUGAGACCUCACUUGCCAUGAGUUACCUGUCCUCGGCCACAACAGAAGGGGAAGUAGAGUGGCGGCAAGUUGAUCAUACAACGAAAGUGAGAGAUUCUUAGCCUUUAAAAUCUCUUUGUUUUAAUCCAAAUUUCUCAUGCACUUCACAUAAAAAACGUGCGUAGUACCUCCCUGAAUAGAUCUUCAUUU